UGUAUCUUGAAUUUCAUGCCGUUCAAGUUCUUCCUUUUUCAGCCUUCAUGCUCUUUUCUUUCCGUGAUACUCACCCUUCCUGAUGUUUUCCUGCUCUUUGUGUGUGCGUAGAGCAUUACAAUCGCUUGCUCCCUCCCCCUCCGCUUCUGCCACUCGCUUGACCGUUUCGUCGCUUCCGUCCAUCGUCCUACCUACGACGAAUAUCUCGCGCAGUCAUGCUACACUACAGUCGAUACAGAAGGGCCACCACCGGCGCUCGCUUUACAAAGCGUUGCGUCAAAAGAAGGACGUAAGGGUUGGGAAAUUAUCCCGAGCAGGAAGUGUCCCGGCCAGGGCACGCCGAAGGGAUGUCCUCGCACGAGAGGAAAACCGUGGUCGCCUCAUUACCGACUCCACGGGCAGAAACCUGGACAGGGCGAUGAGGCUGGAGGCGAAAUACCUGGUCGACCCGCUUAAACUGGCUCAAUCCGUGGUGGAGAAACUCAGAGAUGACGACUUCGACGCUGCCAUGAGCCUGGUCCGCGCCAGCGAGAAGUCCCGCGAUGGCAUGCCUGUGGACAACAUCGUCAGUUGGAAUCAUAUUAUUGAUUGGUUGAUGAGCAAGGGGGAGCCGUCCAUGGCAUGGAAGGUCUAUAAUGAGAUGAAGAAGCGAGGCCACAAGCCUGACGCCCAUACCUACACUAUAAUGCUCAAGGGAUAUCGAGAAAACAUCAAGAAACCGAAUGCUGUUAAGCAAGCCGUUGCCGUUUACGAUUCUAUUUUUGCUGCGAAUUCCAAUGUAACCCCUACAACGAUCCACACGAACGCGGUCCUCAGCGUAUGUGCUCGCGCCAAUGACAUCGAUUCUCUCUGGCGCAUUGCAGGAAGGCUGCCAGACAAAGGCCCGGGUGCGCCAGACCAUAUAACAUUUACCACCAUACUCCAGGCUAUCAAUGCAGAGGUUCGUGCGCGCGCGAUAGAAAUGGGAAGUCGGAACGGCCCAAGUUAUGACCCACAGCCACUUUUCGAACAGGCGGUUUCUGACGCCCGGAAACUCUGGGUCGAUAUUACCGCACGAUGGAGGAAGGGCGAUCUCCAGCUCGAUGAGGCUCUAGUGUGUGCAAUGGGGAGACUGUUAAUGCUCUCGACCGACCCGAAGGCCCAUGAAGACAUUCUCAACUUAGUCCAACAAACUAUGAACAUCUCAAAGAAUCCUGAUGCCUCCGAAGCUCCGGAUUCUGACACUGUCGCGGAGGAUAGUGACACGACCGCGGCUUCUGGCGAGCGCCAGGCCUCACCUGGAUCGAGUCAAUCAUUGGCCAAGCCGGUUUCGUAUCUUCCACAACGAGGCUCCGCUCCAACCUCUAUAUAUGCGACUCCCGGCCGAAACACACUUUCGAUGCUUCUAGAGACAACAACAGCACUACGCUACUUGCGACAAGGGAAAUAUUAUUGGGAUUUGCUAACAUCUCCUGAAGGACCUUACAAGAUUGUCCCUGACCAUCAAAACAUUAUGACAUACCUUCGGCUUUUGCGGGUGUCGCGUGCCAGUCAAGCGACUCUGGAUGUCCUUCGCCAGCCACGGCCAAAGGAGAUCCAGGACCGACUGAUGGUUCGAGGCACAUUUUUCAUUGCCAUGAGCACUUGUCUUCGCGACAAGAACAACCCCAACGUCUUUGAGAUUGCCAAUCGAAUACUGGACUUGAUGCAGGGUAAUGCGGAAGCUGCAGAUCAGACUCCAUCUACCGAGGUCGAAGGCCAAAAGCUUAGGAUGUCCCCGAAGGUUCUUACCAAAUAUCUGGAGCUAGCACUUGCUACGACAAACGGCUUGAAUGGUGCUCGGUUGAACAAGACAAAAGAUGGAGACCUGGAUUUCGAACGUGAUCCACGCAAGAAUAACACCCUGAGAGCCCUGAGAAGACUUGCUCCUGACAUGCUUAAUGUCAAACGGUUAUUGAAACUUCACAUCACCGAACUUGAACAGCACGCCGCAGUCAAAUCUCGAACUCCGACCGUUCAGAAGCUUCUCGCGAAGCGUGAACUUACCCACCUCAGGGUUAGUGAAACCAUCGAGGAGCUCGUUGAGUUUCUACGCAUCUUGAUUAGAGCACACGACAAGAUUCUCAUGGUCAAUGAACGUCUGGAGGACGACGGAAUGGGCCCUUUGGAUAAAGAGAUUUUAUCCGAAUGCUGGUCGCAGAAACGGAAGUUGUCUGCCUUCAUUAGCAAGAUCAACAACGCACGAGGCAUUCCUAACGAAUCGCAACGAGUCCCGCACGAGCGCGAGCGUACACAGGGUCUUAGCGAUCGGCCGACUUCAACAGAGGCGGUUGAGGAGGACGACGAGUUUGAGGAUGAGCCAGGGGCUAGUCUUGAUGCGGCUGUCCCGAAUCAGAGGACCAAAACAAUCAAAGAGAUCAGAAAGGCGCAGAAAAAACAGGAGAAGACGCGAGAGGAAAGCCGGCUUUCCAGGAGACAGAAGAGAGAGCUUGAAAAGGAGGAGCGCAUCAGGAAACAGUUCCCGCCCAGCAUGCUCAAGCCUAAGCCGACCCAAUCAUCCAAUGUCCACCAGCAGUCUCGGGGCAGAAACACUAGCUCUCUUUCGCGAGGAUAUAGCGGGUGGGGAGGCGAAUUCGAGGCGCUGGCUCGUGAACAGGGACAGGGCGAGAAGACGGAGUUUGUCGAUUUGCGGUCAUGAACAUGAGAGAAAGUCUUUUCUGGCUGUGCUGCAAGUGCUCGGCCUUUGCACGACUGGAACGACGGUCCGCGCUGGUGCCACACAUCUGGCACGUGUGCCCGUUCAGUCCAUUCUGAUACGGCCCAGGAAAUGGACCGACCAGGCUGCCUAUGUUCAUUCUUAUCUUUUCGUUCUGUUCACCAUGCAUGGGGAUGGCGCCUCACGGAGAGGGUGGAUCGGUACUUUGGAGAGUUCUUUUUGCAAUCUCAACAUCUCUCGCGCUGCUGGCAGGGCGUGGACGUCCAUGGAGUUUGUUUGGUCGUGACUGACACUAUAUGUUUGUAAGGAAAAAAGCAACGACCGAAUAUACCCCCAACUAUGCUAAAGAUACCCGAUGGACACAUGGAUUCGCUACUCAAUAAUACACAGUAUAUCAG